GGGAAAUGAUUAUUAUCAUAAAUACCAAGGGCCAUUAGCCAGUGCGACCAGUGACUGCUUUGCGGCCUCUCCAAAAACCUAAUCCCUUCUCUUUCUCUCUGUUUCUCUUCGCAAAGAUGAACAGGGAAAAGUUAAUGAAGAUGGCUGGUGCUGUGCGCACUGGUGGAAAGGGAAGUGUGAGAAGAAAGAAGAAGGCAGUUCACAAAACCACAACAACCGAUGAUAAAAGGCUUCAAAACACUUUGAAAAGAAUUGGAGUAAAUACAAUCCCAGCUAUUGAGGAGGUCAACAUAUUUAAGGAUGACAUUGUGAUUCAGUUUCUAAAUCCAAAAGUACAAGCCUCCAUUGCAGCUAAUACUUGGGUGGUUAGUGGGUCUCCUCAAACAAAAAAGCUGCAAGAUCUUCUACCUGGGAUCAUCAAUCAACUGGGGCCUGACAAUUUGGACAAUUUGAGGAGGCUUGCAGAGCAGUUCCAGAAGCAAGAGUCAGGUGCUGCAAAACCUGAGGAUGAUGAUGAUGAGGUUCCAGAGCUUGUUGCUGGACAGACCUUUGAGGCUGCUGCUAAUGAUGGUGCAGCCCCAUAGAGAAUUUUGCGCUGGUUGAUUCCCCGAAAUCCCUAAUCCCUUGACUCAAAAGUUCUUUUUUUGUUCAUUGGAGUAGUCAUGUUAAUGGCAAUCAACUGUUUCGGAAGUUCUUCGACUGUACUGGGUAUGCUAAAUACCCUUCAGAAGGUUUCUUAGUUAUAAUUGAUUUCUUUUUUGCA